AUGAGGGCCCCAAGAACUUCCCCCUUACACCAUCAGGACCAUGGUAUCAAAAAUAUUCGAACAAGGCGCACCGAUAAACGGCAGUAUGCAGGUGUUCCGAGGGAUGUCAGCCCCGUUAUAAGAUUGUCCUACAUUGCCCAGACCUGUCCGGCCAUAUGUACCCUCUAUCAUCAAAUGUCAAACGAUCUGAGAUGGCACAGGAUAAUAUCCAUCAGCACGAGCUCGCAUUCUUAUAGCCCUGAGAAACUGGAUCAGGAUAGGCUGCUCUCAACAAGAUGGCAGGUGCCUGCUCAAGUCAUCCCCUCCGUGAGCUGGUGUGAUCUCCCAUCUGAUCACGACCUCAAGGAUAUCAUGUCAGCUGUAGGUCAGCCACUCGUGGGAGGAAGUGCUAUGCCCUUCAAUGCCAUGAGUAUAUUAUUAUCUGUCGGGAGCUCACAGUUGAUCCUGAUGAUGGACAACUCGGGUCCUCGAUUACGGUAG